CACGUUUCAAUCGAGCCAGUUUUGGUUCACAGGUCAAGGUGGAGGGAAGAUUAGCAUCUUCUAGAGCACUCGGAUUCUUGAGCCCGGAAUCACGAAUAUCAAGCUGAUUUAUUUGAAGAAGAUGAAGAUCCAAACUAAUUGUGCAAAACCUUUGGCUCAAAGCGAGCAAAGGCACACAGACAGUAUUUUGUCCUAAACGCGAAAGAGUAACUUCUACACUUUCAUCCCGAUAGGUCGAUCUUCUGUUGCAGCACAAGGCAAGAUCCAAACUUCAGCACGCCGCUCUACUUGCGGGUCCUAGUAUUUCUAGCCUGAAAGAGCAAGAAGUCGUCCAGCGAGCAUAUCAGCCUUUUUCUUCUGAGGGUGGUCUCUGUAUUAACUCAGCAAGCAAGAACGCGAAUCGAGUAAAGACAUCUCGAUAUUAAAAGAGCCCAAGAACGCGACCCGGGUUUUGUGAAUCCUCAAGUUGCUUCUUUUUUUCCACAUCAGUCCUCUUAAGCCAGGUGUUAGUACGUAAGAAAUGACAAAAAUGAUAUUGCGACUGUCCAUUUUGUUCUAGUGGUUGUUAAUCUGCGACGAGUGGUGAAUUGUAAGAAUUUUUUGCAUGAUACAGUGGUAUUUUUUUUCUACAGCGACAUAUCCUGUGUGAAAACGUUUCGACCCCACAGUCAUGAAGUUCUAGUGAAGCUGACGCAUGACAAGUUUGGUGGGUAUGCAGUGUACUAGACGUUCCUAGCUAAUGCGCCACAGAUCCGCUGCCCUCUUAUCCAACCAGAAGGAGAAAAUGGCUUCUGUCAUGCUACACUACAUCCUCAGCAUGCAAAUUUGCAUGACAAAUCUAGGGCGGAUGAAACGUUUUUGCACAGGAUGUGACAGCACGGUUGUGAUUCUUUAGCGACACGUAAAGAUUACUAUUCUUCAGCGACAACUGUAAUUCUAGAGUUUUAUUUUCCGGCCCUACUCAUCUCUAAAUAUCAAUAUGCCCGCCCUUCCCCAAUCUCGGCCAGUUCCCAACGCGGGGGACUGGCCGCGAUUGGGAGACAACCCAGCCAAGCCCGGCACUAUGGUCGUGUUCGGACCCCCGCAGAUGCCCCGCAACCAGGUACACAAGUACCUGGUUGCCGGGCAAGGCUUGGCGCGGCAGAUAUCCUGAGUAGAAUAAACAUCCCCGCCCCAGAGUUGUCACGCAGAAUCUCCAUUGCAGCAACUGCGCCGGUUUGUAAUGCGCAUCCACAUCAGACGCAUGGUUCUCAGUAGUGUCUUCGAAUUGAAUUUGUAAUGCUAAUGUUGUAAAUAGGAUAGUUAGGCGCUCCUGGGUUUGUAAUGUUGCAGCGGCUGCCCCUGCGAUCCUGCCCUAUAAUACAGAGAAAAGUUUGUCAUGCGUGACAGCCAUCAAUUAUACUUCACGAUUUGUGUUGCAGGGUUUCUAACUUGACUAUGGGACGGGGACGUUUUUACUCAGGAUAGCAGAUUGGGGUGGUGCACGUGGAGAACGGGGCGGCGAUUCUGGUCCCGGCAGAUGAAGACUUGCGACUGUUUAUGGAGAGCGCAGACUGGCAAAAUGAUUUAUGCACUUGCAAAGAACGUCUCUGGGUCCUCUGGCGCGAUUUGCAAUGUUUCACUGCCAUGAUCAUGCUGUUGUUUAUGAACGUCGCGCAACAGAACUGCCUCUCUGUGAUGCAAACGCGCAGUUCUUUCUCCUGGGCCUGAUGCACUUUACUGACACAACCGCACAAAAAUUUUCAUGCUGCUUAGGUGCCCUUCACUGCAUUCAGCUACUCUUGUUCACCGAUCGAUUUAUCAGCAAAACUGGACAAUAAUUUUCAUCCAGGGGAGGAGGACCCAGGACUUCUAUUUGCAGUGCAUAUGAGGAUAAGACGGCCUACGAGUUCUUCGAGCAUAUCCUGCGUAUUGCACGGAAGUGGGCGACAUCAAAUGCAAAUACGUCUGGGUCUGGAAGAGUUCAGCCACCGGAACUGAGUCCGCGGCAGAAGCGGGAGGUGGAGGUGGUGACCUAUGUCGCGGUAUGGAAGCGCCUCCCUGGACGUUGGUAACGUUGAGGCGAGAAUUUGUAAUGCAUAAAGCUCCUCCUCAGGAGCACGCCCAUCGUCCACCAUCACCCUGCAGCGACUUACAGCCAGCCACAGUAGCAGCUGCCUCCACUGCAAGAACACGAGCACGCUACAUCAUGUUGUCGCAUCAAGAAUAAACUUUAUGUGUAUGUUUAUGAAGUUUUUUCACCUAAACAAGUUUCCAACGUUUGGUUUUGCUUCCAUAGGUGCAGUGUAAUCUUUAUCCUGACUAAAAAUGUCCCCUCCCCAAAGUCCAGAUCAUAAGGAUUUAUUUGCAGCACAAACCUAGACCUUUUGGGAGUCACGCAUCACAACAAGUUGAAGUCCAUAUUGUCGUGCAGGUGAUGAAGACCAUUGGCAUCCUAAGUCCGUCAGCUUGUCCUGUUUAUAGCAUGACAAAUCCGCCUGUCAUGAGAAGUUUGCGCACUACGAAAAUUUCUGUAGAUGCGAACCUGCAUGACAACCUUGGGGUGGAGACAUUUUUGCUCAGGAUAAUCCUCCGCUCGCGGUGAAGUUCGUCCCCGACCAGGAGCUGGAAAGCUGUAUCACACAGAAAAAAGCUGGCGCGGCACAUUUGUAAUGCAAAAAUACAUACACAAAAAAAUCUGUAUUGCAUAUCUGAAAUAGCAUGCUACGGGGCCAGCACCCAUGACAAAUUUUUCUGUGACUGUGUAUUUAUUUUUGCAUUACAAACAUGCCCUGCCAGCUUUUUUCUCUAGGAUAAAGUGCGCGCUCGGUGUAUGGAAUUCGCAAGUGUUAGUACACUGGUCGUUGUAUUACAUGACUUCAAGAACGACCCGUGCCAAAAGAAGGAUCCUUCUGUUCCUUUCUUCUGGCACGAGUCGUUCUUCAUUUUUUUGAAGAUUUACUUAGCGCUACAGGAGUUUGUCAUGCAAGCUACCAUGAUCAUGCAGAAUGAAUCUGAGAUGCGUGGUUUCGCAUGACAAAUCAUAGGAAACGACGGCAUGUAACACCACUCAGUGUACUUAACGCUUGCGAAGGCUAUAUCGCAUUGACCUGGAGAACCAAAACGCACCGCGGAUACCAUGGACGGGGAAUGGCCUUGCCGUGCUGACCAUGGAGCCGCUCCCGACGGUCUUCAAGGACUUGCUGGAGAGGGACGACAAGGAAACGGUCGGACGCGGAAUUGCGGCGUGUGUUGACCAGCACCACGCUUACGGGAUUAUCAAAGGAGACCAAUUUUUGCGCAACUACGGUGCCAGGGAGGAUGGAACGGUGGUGGGAUUCGACUAUGGCGAUGCAGCGCUCUGUUGCGACAUGCCUGACCCGGUCGAGGCGAUGCGGCUGGAACGAGAUGACGUGCAGAAAAACAUCCUUGUGGACGCACUGGGCCUAUAUCAAAUGCCAAAAUGUCUGGGUCUGGAAAGAUUCGAAUUUGAAUUUGUGAUGCGAAGUCUACAUCAAGAUAAAAUCUGUCAUGCAUGGCUAGCAAAAAGCCCCAUUUCUUGUUUCCGAGAAGGAGGAUUUGUCAUGCGGAUUAGGCAUUGGAAUAAGUGCUCAAAAUCUGUGAUGCUAGAGCUUGCAUGCCAGAAGAUCUGGGUCAGGCAAAAACUGCAUGACAGAUCUCGCAUUCUUCCAGACCCAGACAUUUUUGCAAUCCAUAGCCUAUCGGAAGCAACCGCUGCGGAAAUCGUCGGUGAAAUGCGUUGCAACAAACUGCAAAGUAUCCCGCGGAAAUCGACCCAGUUUGAAGAUGUCCCGAUGCAGCCCUGUCCAAGAUUAACGGCCCUGGCGUGCGACAUGUUCAAGGACGCUUUGGCGGGCGAGUCCAGCUGCCUGGUGCAAAUUGAGUGGGGGAACGUCUGCGGGACUCUGGCCCACGUGGCCCAGGAGAUUUUUUUGGAAGCAGUGGGAAGCGGGCUCGUGACGACUGUAACCGGGCUUGCCGUCUUCACCGGCAAGGGCGAAGUCGUGGAAAUUGCAACCGGUAGGACGCUACGCAUUGCAAAACUAUGACUAUCGCACUCAUAUAAAUGCAUACACAAAUCGCCUCAGCCUGAGAAAGAAUAUUUGUAAUGCGGAUGUGCCUUGGAGACAAGAUGUGUAAUACAAGAGCUGCGCUUAUUACUCGUCCUCAGCGUGAGAAAUAAAAUUUGUAAUGCAGAUUUGCCUUGGAAACAAGAUUUCUAAUACAAGACUUGCAUUUAUUAUUUGCACUCGUGUAAAUGCAUGCACAAAUUUCCUCAGCAUGAGAAAUAAUUUGUAAUGCAGAUUUGCCUUGGAAACUAGCAAGAUUUGUAAUUACAAGACUUGCGUUUAUUGUACGAGUGCGAUACUUUUGCACAGGAUAGAAACUCCCCGUGUUUGCAUCGAGUUUGGAGACCGUCCAAGGCAUCGAGUGUGGGUGUACGGAUGAAGAUAAAUACUUGGCGAGCGAUUUCUUCAACAGAGCAGCACUAUAUCGAUUGCGAAUAUGUCGACCUCUGGAAGCCUGCUGAAGUUUGUCAUGCAGCCCUUUCAUGCUCUACGAAGUGCGGAAUGGCACCUGUGGCGUCACAGGUAGCUUUGCGAAUGCCUCCGAGGAAUCCCCACACCUUGAUACCGCAUGAAUAGUCAUCCCUUCAGUAACACAGCAUGACUUCGCAUGCUCGCUACAUUUUAACCCAAAGACGAAACUCUUUGGCUCAGUACACUAGAACAAGUGAUCAAUUUGUUUUUGUGAUCGUGAAAUAGGAAUUUUUGCAGUAACCAGCGCUAGCACGAUCAGAACUUCGCAUCUUUUUUCAGACUGAGACGUGUUUGCAAUGCAUAGUGGCGAACCUCGGCUGCCGACGAUCAUCGUGCUGGACUUCGCGCGAUGGCGAAGUCCAUCACGCGACGCGUUCCGGGACACUGCGCCGGGUAUCCUGAGGAAAAACGUCCCCACCCCUCCUGUUUCCUUUUGUGAAAAUUCGAAACUUCGCUGUGCUUUAAAUUGGUCUUUAUUUCCAGCACAUAAAACACCCCGCCAGAGCUGUCAUGCAAAUCUACAUGCUUAAAAUGUUUUUCAUGCUGAGCCACAUGUUGAUAAGGAGCAUCGUCUAGUCACGUUUUGGACUUUGUGAUACUCGACUCAGUAUUACGCCCUAGAUCUGUGAUGUUGCUGAACUAGCUAAACAGGAUUACUCUACUACGAGGCCAAGUUUGUCAUGCGCAACAGCCAAAGCUGGUUGGUUUUUCUGUCUAGGAGAUUUCCCAACUUGGCUAUGGGGUGGGGACGUUUUUGCUCAGAAUGCCGGGUCGUAUCGCCUUCCUGUCCGGCAUCGAAGUCGAAUAUCGUGGGAGAAAGCCCCCCCCCAUAUCUAAAAGCAAAAAUGCCUUACCGCAUGACAGAGCGCAUUUGUGUACGUAAACCCAGCCCCAGCAUUGGCGUUUUGAUAUGGGGAGGGGGGCCUUUCCUUUUGAUAUCGACCUCACCCCCCUCAAGACAGAGACGACCGCGCCCCUCCUGCCUGCCUUGCGCCGGAGCAAGGUGAUGAAAUACGUUAUCAACUGUAAAAAUGUCUGGGUCUGGAAGGGUUGGAACUUGUGAUGCAAACGCUGGAACACACAAAAAUUUGUGUUGCAUGAGCUCCAAAAGCUGUCCAUUUCUUGGCACGCAAGUAGGAAGCUUCUCAUGCGGGAGAGGCAGCAUGAGGCGUGCUCAAAACCUGUGAUGCUUUUGUCUGCAUCAGACGCCAUUUGCGUGAUCCGAAAUAUGCAUGACAAAUCUCGCAAUUGUCCAGACUCAGACACUUUUACAUUUGAUACACGUAUCUGGGUCGCAAAUCGGGUCGCUGGAGAAGCUGUAUCUGGGUCUCAUGAUCGACGCGAAAUAUCGCGCAGAAAAGCACAACCCCCACAAUUUCGGAAGCAAGGCAAACAGGUGCCGCACGAGUAUAUGCACCCAGGAGUCCUCUCGUGGUCAUCGGUGCUUCUGCCUGUUGACCUAGACGGCUCUCUCGGUCUUGCGUGUUUGUUUCAGCGCAGUCGAAGUUUUGCAUUCAGUGACUGGCGAUUUUAGCAUAUGAACCAGUACACGAAGGGUACCCAGUACGCGAAGGGUACCUACAACAUACGAAAGGGGAAGAAAGCAUACGAAAGGGAAGAGGAACACAUAAAUCCGAUAUACAAAAAUGCAGUUUUUGUAUGUACUGCCGGACACAUACAAGGGACUUGUAUGGUACAAGAAAAGCGCACGGACCGCGUGGCGUUCGAGUGUGGGAGCACAAUGAGCUGUGCGUAAAGCGGGCCACAAUCCACCGCGCGCGAAAAGACCUCGCCGCGGAACACCUGAAGAGCGCAAAGGGAGGCCCGCGGAGUGCGCACUGCGAACAAGGAGCGACACAAGCAAAGAACAGGAGUGCUACACCAGAAGCGAAAACCCUACCACAGGCCCGGAUGCCGGCAGCACAAGACGGCGAGGUGCGGCGGACGGAGUAUGCUGCUUGCGGGAGUCGGCACGGGUGGACCAGGCCCGUGUUGCGCGUAACAGAGCUUGCGUCGGCAGGCAAGAGCGGCGCACUGCGGGGGAGCGGCCGUGGCGUGUGUUCGUGUGGAAGCGAAGCAUUCCGGAGUUGCUGUUCCGCCGGCGAGUCGCCGCAGCGUCGAGGCCGUGGUAAGGUCUUUGCAAAAAGUGAAGCGCGCCCAUGUACUCAGCGAGCGAAGCCCCCCGCGCACAACACGCGCAACACGAAACGCCCCGAAGCGGCCCUCGGUGGCACGCAGCGAAACCGAAAAGCGCGGGCGGGAAUGUAGCGCGCCCGGAGUUCGAACAUGUUUCUUUCGUCAGCCGUGGCUGAUCUUGUUUCGGUGUGGUGCAAUGAAGUGUGUGUUUCGUCACAAGCGCACGAGCGCGCGUCCAAGAAAAAUCACCGCCCGCCGCACACGGCGGCGGCACUGCUGCUACCCCCGCUGGAGGACGACCGGAGGGAGGGCAACCGGAGUAGACGCGGCAGCCCGUAGGGGGUCGCGUGCGCAGAUGGACCUGCGCAGGAGCACUUGGCGGGGGGUUAGGGGCCACCGGCUGUUGGAAAGCGCGCACGGGCCGGCGGUCGUCUGGCAAGUGUCCGUCGGGCCCGGGACACCGAGCGAAGGAUUGGCGGCGCAGGCGAGAUGCGCGGGCAUAAUUUUAUAUGAAUAUGUGGUAAAAGAGCAUGUUAGCAUGAAGGAGUAAGGGAAAUAGAAAUCAAAGAGCGCCCGCGGCGCCAACAGCAGCAAAAUACAUAGGUCCCAAGCGUAGCGGGCAUCUACUCAACGACUAGAACUGCGUAGCAGACUUGUUUUGUGUGUACAAAUAGCAUAACUAAAUGCAGCGCGAGCCUUAGUUGUACAUGCAUAGAAGGGGAGGGUGGGAGGGAGCCCGGGUGUAGCAGGUAAUGCGCCGUCUGGUUUGGGCUGCCGCACAUGCGUCGCAGGGAGCUUCAAACCACUCUUGGCGCAUUACUUGCUCGGGCGAAUAAUGCGCGUUCCGAUGUGCGGGCACAGAACGGAACCGGAACACCUCGCCGAAAAUGCAUAUACGUAAGCCCCCGCGCCUCGUCACGGCGCUCGCGCAAAGCGGGGGCCGCCACAGGGGGAGGGCGCCCUGCGACGGGGGGAAAUUCCCCGGGAGUGUAUCUAAAGCCCCCCGCCCAGAUGCUGUCAUGUUGACGUCUAAAAGGCGGCGGUAGAGAGCGCCGCGCGGAGGGCAAAGGACGACGUGGAGCACCUACCGAGAGGAAAAGGGAACGCGCUACCAGGGUGCACCCGCGACCCAAUAUGUGCGCGCGUGGGCAGGCGCGCGCAACUAGAUGGACGUAGCGGAAUAGCACAAGGAGCCGACGCGGGGAACACCGUUGCGACCGCCCGAGGCCGCAAUAAGCGUUCGCCGGCGGAGUACGGGCGCCGAGAAGCGAGGAGCCUACCUAUAGCAUGCAACAUGACAGCGGAUGUUGGCGGGGGCGGAACUUUCUAGCCGGAGGCAUUUCUAAUACGCGCGCUAAAUUUCUAAGAGAAGGAAAGGCAACAAAAGGAACGACCGCGUCCCCGCACAUGCAGCGGGGCGCAGCCCACAAGAGCCGGGCGGCCGAAAUGGCGUAGGAGUCCGGGACCCGGCGCUGUGUGCAAACCGUAGCAACAGCAAGUCGGGGUGGCCGCCCCGGACACACGUACGCGCGAGUUCCCGCUGAGGAACAGAAGAUCCAAAAAAAAAACGUACAGAAUACUGCGGACAAAACAGAAGCGGCGUGGCGUGCAGUGCAGACUUGUGCAACGCAUGCACUUACAUCCCCUAAAUUUUGGCGAACUUACAACUUUGUUUUGCAAUUUCGAACGGAAACUUUAGAAAUUUCAUGCACUGCUGGUGGCAAGAGAAAGAACCGAAACGCUACUGACAGUUUCGUGGUGGUGAACGUCCAGAAAAUGAAGCACGGAGAAGGUCCAGAAAAAGAAGCCAGGAAAGAGACACAAAUACACCUACCGCUACUUGAAAAAGCGCGCCCCGCCGGCGGGGAAAUGAGAGGCCGAUGACCUCGAAAAGAUCCAGAGAAAUGCACUAUACCACCGUGGAAAAAAGAGCGAAAUAUAAAAAACGGAAACACACGCCAAAAGAGAGCGGCGUGACCGACCGCGUGGGGCGGGAACCCACUAAGCGGCCCCCUUGAUCCCUCGAACGGGCGCCGGCCCCCCGAGAAUACAAAUCGGCGCCCCACCCAUCGCAGCUGCAGCGCAACUAUGCCCGCAACUGUCAUGAACUCUGUAGAGCCGUGCCACGGGCUCCGCGGAGCCGAUGACAGGGAGGGCGAGGGAAGAACUCCCCCGGCGGGCGUUUACCGCAUUUCGAACGGAUUAGGCGCCCGCCCUAAUUGCUAAAUCGCGUGUUUGUGUACCAAUGCGCGGCGGCCGGGGAACUAUAGAAGAAAUGGGCGAAGGGAAAGGGAGACGCGGCUCAAAACCACCACGCAUGCGCCAUCCACCGUCGCGAGACCGACACUAGACAGAACAGCCAACCCCCGAAAUAGGGGCUACAACGCGAUCGGAAGCUAAUAGGGCCCGCCAGAGGCCCCGAGCAGAACGAAGAACCUAAGCUACAUAAUAUGGCUCGCAAGAUGCUUUAUAUUCUAAUGGAAGAAACCUUGAGCGGAAGGGGGGGCGGGAAGGUUGUGGAACUUUAAAACCUUAGAGAUUUACAUGCAGACUGUCUCAAAUUUUUUGGUUUUCAUUUGCGAGCAAGUUAAUAAUAAUGCAUAGGACAAGCUAAAAUAGUCGAUGGCACCCCGCUACUGCCGGCGGGGCGCAGGGUCUCACAGCUCAUCCGAAAACCCAGGAAGAGAAGCCGGAAGCGGAACCCUGGAGACGCACGUUGUGACGGAACCGAGGUCGGACGCGAGCGCGACCUCGGUUCCAACAGCAAGCGAGCCCGGUCGCGAAGGGGUUCCGGGAUUUCACUUACAUCGGGGUCCCGGCCCCCCGCUCUUCCCCAACGAAACAUCCCCCCAAGCAAGCAAGUGGCGCCCGAGAAAGUACCAUACGUAGCCCCCUGACGCAACCGGAGACCCACCCCGGUCAGCUGCAAGUAAACACCGUACCCGGGCCCCCGCCCGGCGGCUUCCCGGAGCAAAUUUCCGAAAAGCGGUCCCGGGGGCGGACGGUCGUCCGGGUUGGCUCCCGUCCACGGGUACAGUGUAAUGGCAAGCGCCUGGCCAUACGCGUAGAGCAACAGACGAUGCCCACGCGAAAGCGCCUUGCACUGCAGCAGAAGACCCUCGAUGUGGUGCUCCCCCCGCGGCUGUGCGCGCCUCGUAGCGAGGUUGGGGAGAGCGAUCAAUGGCACGGGCGCUGCAAGCGGAAGCGGGUCUGGAAAAUCGCCAAAGCGAAAUCCGCCCCGCGGGAAGCGUUCCAACCCCCCGCCCCGGGGGUGGGCGGCUUCCCCCGCGCCCGCGGCAACAUCUUCUCCGACCGGAGGCGGGGAAGCAGCAGGGGAAACCGCAGCGGGCGGCCUGGCGUCCGCGGGGGCAGGAGUCUCCGCAGGAAGACCGCCCGCGGCGCGUGGCGCCUCGCGGUCCGGCGAAGCCCCACGGUCCAGCUCGACAUUCGCGACGGAGCGGCGGAGGCGCUGCCGCUUCUGCCCCUGGCCGGGGGCAGACUCCACGACGAGAGUCGUGCCGUCGAUGGCUGCAACACGGAACCCCAGCAGCCAGUUGGCUUCCUGGACCCGCUGGCCCGCGACCGUGCGCAGGUUGCCCGCCCGGGGGUUGCGAACUUUCACCCGGGCGCCGACGGGGAAAAGCUGCAAACGGUCAACGACCGUCCCCCGCCGCGCCUGGGUGUACCUGCGCACGCGCCUCUCCGCCUCAGCCAUGGCCCGCUCGUUGGCGACGUCCCGCAACGCCGCCAACGCCGCGGACCGCGGCGGCACCGCCUGCGGCACCGGGCUUGGCGGCGCCGCGGGAGCGACAACCACCGGAGGCGAAGGCGCCCGCAGUGGGGCAGCUGCCGGCGGGGAGCUGCUUGCGGGCGGGCGAGCGGCGAGCGCCGCGCCCGCGUCGGGCGGCACCUCCUCCCCAGCUGCGGCGGCAGCCGGGGCCUCCGGCGAGGCCGGCGGCUGCGGAAGCGCGAGCGCCUCCGCCACCGCCCGCGCCUGUCGUGUGUGCGGCGCACACCCCCGGACGAAUGUCCAGGGGGACUGACCAUGCUUCCACGGUUUUGGGGCGGUAUUAUACCGAAACACCGCCCGCGGAAGCAGGUCAGCCCACGACUGCCCCGGAAACUCCAGGGCCAACGCCGAAAGGAUUUUGGACAACGAGACCCAAACCACCUCCAUGGCCCCGUUGCCCUGUGGCCGCCCCGGCUCCGUAAACGACACCGAGCAGCCCCACUCCGAAAGGAGGAGACCCCACUCAGUGCCGUUGUCGCAAACCACAUGCUCCGGCAGCCCCCAGCUGCUCUCCAGCGGCGAGUACGCCAAAAGCGUACAAGCCGCGGAGUUGUUGGCUGCCGGGGCCGCCCACAAUUCCCCACCGACGGCACAGACGGCGCCACAAAUGGCAACCGCCUGGCCGGGGGUGGGGUUUGUGGCAGUGGGGGAAACCGUGCAGCGGGGCAUCACUUUCCGAUCUAUGUGGAUCUUGCGAUAAACUUUAUCGGAAAGUGAUCCGUGCUCCGCCGUAAGUGCAGCAGCGCUGUACGGCGGCGGCGCGGCGGGGACCACCGCGCGCGCCGCACAGACGCGGCAACGCGCGACGACCUCGCCGCACACCCGCGCGGCGUUGGGCGCGUAGUAGCCAGCCUCCAGCAAGGCGGCAUGCGUGGCAUCGCGCCCCCGGUGCGCGAUUUCAUGAAUUUUUGUUGCGGCGGCGGCCGCUUCCUCGGGGCUCUCCAGCACGGUGAGCCAGCCCGUGGGCUCACGGAGAAUUUCCACGCGCUCUUGGCCGGCGUCCGCGGCGGACGCCCCGACCUUGAGGCGGUAGCAGCGCCGGUUCUUCCGCCACCAAAACCGCUUUUUUUUGGUGCGGAGCGACAGCACCAAUGGCUGCCCGGCGCGCUCUCCCCGGAGGGCGUCCCCGAUCUCCUGCCAGCUCAGAGCCCGGGGGGCACGCUUGGUGCCGGCAACGAGCUCUUCAUCUGGUCCCACACUGCAACUGUCGUCUUCCCCGCCCUCGUCGCUCAACUGCUCUCCCACGCCCCCGUGCGCGGAGGGCGGUGUUGCGACGGAGUCCUCGCUUGCUACCGCAGCCGCCGCUACGGCAGCCGGGCCCGCGGACGAAGAAGUUGCGGCCGGGGCGCCCGCGACAUUCGCAGCCCCGGCUGCCGCGUUGACAGCAGCAACGAGGCCAGCUUCCGUCCGCCGACGCUUGGUGGACGGGGACAGGCUGUCGCCAUUCGCGACGGGGUCUUGGUCGUCGCUCAACAGAUCCGCAACGUCUGUUGCAGGCUCCUUGCCCGGCGGAGGCCCGGCCUGGCCUCCCACCGGCAAAACAGACUGGCUACUGGCCGCACCCGGAACCACCGCGGGCACAACGGGGGGCGAAACGGAAGCCACCAAAACACCCGCCGCCGCGGCCCCACUGUGCGGCGGCGCCUCCGUAGGAACUGCCGGCGGAACCUGUCCGAGGGCGGCGUAGAUGGCGAGUUGGCCGGGCGUGAACCCGCGGCGAGAACGAAGGUAGCCCGCUGCUUCGAUCUCGCCCGCGCCCUGCGCCACUCGCACCCGGCAGACAAAGCCGCCCGCCGCGGGCUUUGGGUUUGUGGUCAGCGGGACGCGACCGGCCUGCCCCCGCUGGCAGGCGGAGGCGUCCACGCCAGCUGUGUCAGCAUACACCUGCCGCCGAACCUGUUCGACGGCUUCCCCUGGCGGCGCGUCAACCACAUACCAAAACUGAAACCUUUGCGCGCUGGUCUCGGUGACCAGCCGCGGCUCCCCGGCGCCGGCCGGAAAACCCGGGGGAGCCGGCGCGCCGGCGUGGUCGAUGUCUAUCAUGACAAACGCUUUUGCUGCCGCUAAUGGCAAGAAGAACAGAUGCGCGCCCUGCUGCUGCGCGUCCACAGCCAAACGCGGUAGGGCCGCGCCGAGGUCCCCCCGCUGGACCUCGCGGCGGUAGCCCUGCCGGCCAGCCACCUUGACGGUGAAGGCGAAGCUCGUCGCCUCCGGAAACGCCGUGAGUAGGUGGCCGGCGGCAACCCCAGCGCGCAAUCUGUAAAUCUCCGCCCAGUCCCAGUUGCUGGCGUCGUGGGCGGGCACUGGUGGCGCAACCGGCGGGGCCGGAGCCGGCGCAGCCGAAACGGCAGACGCCAAAGAGGCGCCGGGCGGCCCGGCGUCGCCGCUGCUGCUACCUCCAACCGGAACCACCGCUCCUCCCGGCGCCUCGUCCGGGAAAGGAGUGGGCUCCGGUAGCUGCAGGCUAAAUUGCGCCCGCAGUUUUUCUAACCAGCUGCUCUGGCGCUCCGACAAGGAGCGCAGCCACGGGGCCCGCACGAGAAAAUCUCGUGCGUAGCCCGCCCCGCUGAGGCCGUCUACGGUGACUGCCCAAGCAGCCUUUUCCCGCACGCGGGCUGCGAAAGCCUGCAGCCGAGCGGAAACCGCCGCCCCGGGGCCGGCAAACUCAACCCGCGCCCAGGCGGACCGCUCGGCAUCCGAAAAGGACGCGUCCGCGGCGAUGGCGUGGGCUGUGGCCGAGGCCUGCAAGCCCUCCCACUUCCGCUGCAUCUCUAGCAAAACCUUCCCCGUUGCCGGCGUGGCCGGCGGGGGGUUUUCCCCCUCCCACGCGCCCGGGCCGGCGCGGUCACCUAGAAAAUUUUCUUCAAACUCGGUCAUGAACGACGCGAGCGGGCUCGCGGCCCAUUCCUGGAGGCCUUCCGCGACCUCCUGCUGGUUCAUUUCGUUUGCAGUAGUCAUUUUGCUGAUACUCCACUACUGCUCAGAUGCAAAAAAUAUGGGUGUGCACCCCUUCCCAAAAUGUUUUUCCUGUGUGUGCUGUCCCGCCCAAAGAUUAUACUUUUUUUGCUUCUGCUGCUUCCCUCUGAAUAGUUGCUUUUUUCACGAUAUUUCUAUUGCUGCCACUUAAUGCUAAUUAAUAACGCCUUCAGAUACGACGUCGGCGCUGGUAUAUCGGUGCCGAUGUGCAAAGCUUGUAUGCGUAAGUUCUGAUCGAUGUGAGUGCUGCCUGUGUAUAAGACCUUGCUUGUGUAUAGAUACGUAGAUACUAGCUGUGUAUGAAAUACUGCCUAUUUUUCACCUCCAGUGCUUGCUUUUAAAAUGUGUGUCUACUUUCCUUGUCUACGGGUGCGCGAGAAAAAUUAUGCUUGAUAGCUGUGGGUUGCGAGCUGUUGCUCUCUGAUAGCUGUGUGCUACGCUUGGGACCUGGCUGCGUUGUGUAUUCCACCAGCAGUAGCGUGAUCAAAACUAGCGGCGCGCGCGCGGUGGAGACCUCUUGCGGAUCGAUAUUUUGUUAGCAGGCGGCGGGGCUGCGCUUGCAGGCGGCGUUUCGAGUGAAAACAUACAGGGACCGAGGGUGUUUCGCGUGCGCGAUUUGGUAGCUAACAGAACUCUCUCGCUCCUUAGCGCUCUUGCUGCUGAGUCUACUGAUUUAAAGUGGAGAGGACCGAGGCGUAGCUCUUCUUCAAUGUUUUUCACUGAGUGGUUGUUUUGUUUUGGUUACGCAGCUGCGUGUCGCAGUCGGACAAAACCAGGGCAAUAUAAAACGAGGGCGCAGGGGCAUCGUAGGACCAGUUGCGUACGGGGCCCCCAGUAGUUACAGGGGGCCCCGUACUUGACGGCCGGGCCAGUGCUGGAAGGGUCCGGCGGGACCAGAAGGGGCCAGACAAAAUGGCCACUUUAUAUGCACUGGCGAUUUUUAUGCGGCGUUUGUUCUAGGACAGGAAGGGGCAGGGUCCUUCGUGUACUGGCAUACAAAUAUAUUAUGGGGGUAUCAGUCGUUACUGGUUCACAUAAUUAAAGAAGUGGGGUCGUGCUAAUAUUUUUCCGUAGGAUACCAGGGUCUACCUCCGCGCACUGUCGCCUGGCAAAGAUAUCAACUGCAAAUAUGUCUGGGUCUGGGUGGGUGUAAACGUUUGUAAUGCAGGUUUUGAAAGACCCAGAGCAUCUUCUGGCAUGCAGGGACCAGCGUCACAGGUUCUUCGAGAGCCUCACGAGACCUCCUCUGCAUCAGAAGCCCGCUCUCCCCGUGCUGGCAAAAAAGAGGCCACGACGCUGCCUGUUUAUGCAAGACAAAUUUUUGUAUGAUCUAAAAUGUGCAUGACAGGUUGCAACCUUCCAGACCCAGGCACAUUUGCACUUGAUAAUCGACGAACCGUUGUCCCCGGAUCUCCAGGACGACUUUGAGGAAAACUUGGUGAAGCCGUUCGCUAUCACACUGAAAAAUGCCCCUCUACCAGAAUGCCGAACAGGUUGCAUCGCGUGAGCUUUCCACAUGGGAAACUAUUUUCCCCUGCAAGACACGAACGCGGCGCACUUUAUUUUAGCACCGGAACUACGUUAUCUUUGUAAUGCAAUGUCAAAAUGACUACAGAAAUUGCUUGCGCUGCGGCGCUGUGCAGCAACGCAGCCCUUUGCUGCCAUGGCUUGCAAAUUUCAUAUUAUUUUCCGCCCUGCUGAUACAUAAAAAAAGUGUUUCCCUUGGCACUUCUGCACUGCAAAGGCUUUCACAUUGUGAGGCGGGUGGACUUUUCAAUGUGAUACUCGCCACAUUUCGCUCGCUGCGCCAGGAAGAGACCAUCGCAGAGGAAGUGGACCCACCGCCAGCGCCACCGCCGGGCGACGUCAGCAGUGGGCCUGGGACCGGGAAGAGCAAUGUGAUUAAACGUAUAGAAGUACUUUCUUUUUACCAAUUGCAAUAGUUAUUAUGUACUCACCAUUGUAUAUCGAAGUACUCCAGCAGAAAUCGCAGAUUCUUUGGUGUUUGUGGUUCGAGGAAAAUGAAAGCAUCCCUAUCAGGCAGUGCAUCGCAUGUGCAGUAAGCUAUAAUUUUCUUUAAUUUAUUUUCGUCUUAAGGAUAAACGACCCGAUCCUGGGCUUAUUGAAAUACUAAACUUCCGUUCCGUCAGGUUCUUUGCUACAGCGCUCGCCGCCGGGAGCAGCGUCGUCGUCAUCGCAUGCGGUUUUUAUCCACCAUAGAAACAACUCUAGUCUUCCCGUGACGAAAACCAAAUCAAACGCAGGUUUGGAUGUUCAUAAAAUCGCAUUUAUCAGAUUUGUCAUGCGAAUAGUUGUUCUUUGAGAAAAAAUGCGAAUCGUGGUCCUCGCUAAAAAUAUGUCGAGUUCAUCCAAAACAUACCGUUUAGAAAGUCCUCUAUCUUUCCCGCACGAGAACAGCGUUUGAUUUCCGCCGGACCGCGGGACUACAGCAUUUUUCCUGCGCGACAAGGCCCGGACCGACGACGAAGAAGCCGCUGUUGGACCGCCUAUCACAUGUAAAAAUGUCUGGGUCUGGAAGGUUGGAACUUGUGAUGCUAGCUUUGGACGCUAAGAAAAUCUGUAUUGCAUGACCAGCAAGAGGAGCCCAGGUUGUGCUGCGCGGGGAGGGCAUUUGUCAUGCGGGAGAGGCAUCAGGAAGGCCUCUAAAAAUAUGUGAUGCUAGAUCAUGCAUUACAGACAUCCUGACUCAUGCAAAAUAUGCAUGACAAACCUUGUAACCUUCCAGACCCAGACAUUUUUACAUUUGAUACCGCCAAGAUGGAAACGACGACGACGACGACCAGAUGCUGAUGUUCAGCUCCGCAAUAUAUCAAAUCCAAAAAUGUCUGGGUCUGGAAGAAGGUAACUUGUUAUGCUAAAUCUGAAUCAUGCAAAAAUCUGUGUUGCAUGAUUACCGAAAGCUGGCCACUUUUGACCUCAUCGAGAGGCGGUUUCUCAUGCAGGAUAGCCAUGAUACACCUCUCACAGAAUCUGUCAUGCUAUGUCCUACAUACCAGACCGCAUGGGCCAUGGAAAACCUGCAUGACAAGUCUGGCACUCUUCCAGACCCAGACACAUUUGCAUUUGAUACUAGCAACCCUAAACCCACGGCCAGCACGCCAGUACGAUCUGCAAAUCAGUCCAGGCGGUCAGGAAGAAUUUGUCAUGGGGAUGAUGAAAGCAUGGGCCAUCAGGUUGUGCUUGUCACGACGCGGGCCCAACUUUAAUAGAUACUAUGAUGCAGAAAUGCAACGUGUUAUGUGCAAUAAUGAUCAACAACAGCUGCAGCUACCAGGAGCAAUUCACAUUUUUGUAUUGCUUUCCCUCUUGUUUCUGAGGGGUCCUUGUGAAUCUCCAAGAAAUAGCAGCAUCUUCACCUCCUUUUUAUUUCUAGCAUCCCAGACCUAUUUGCAGUUGAUAGCCGGGUAAGUGUACCAACAAGUCCUCUCCCGCCGGUGAAAAGUCGUCCUCCACUCUAUCGUACGAAAAAAGUGUUUCACUGCAAGGCUUUAUACAAGUUUUGCAUCGACGAAGGUUGUUCUUCACCAGGAAAUGAAAGUGAGAAAACUUGCCAUGAUGUGCGUUUCCCCCGGGGAGAAACGUAGCUAGAUACUCAAGGACAAGGUGUAGCAUGCGUAGCUAGAAGACACAUGCUUCUGUGUGCCGUUCUUUGCAUUUACAAGUUUAUUUCAGUGAAGCAAUUGUCGCGUUCAUAAACUCCGGUCGAGGACGAAGAAGAUGAUCUUCUGGCGGACGACGCACCUCCUUAUGCAAGAAAAAAAGUUGUUCUAGAGUAAACUGCGACCUCGUCUGUAAUGCAGAUUGUAGCAACGCGAACAUGUAGCAACACCCUUGUCAUGCUCGCUAGUACCUUUUGGAAAAUGAUCUCUUCACCCGCUAUGUUUUGGGCUUCACAUACUAGCUACUUGUUUUUACGCCACAGGCUUUUCUCUGUCAAACAGAGCAUCACAGAUUAAACCUGUGCCAUUAAGACAGAUGCUCUCACACCAAGUAGAUGAAACCUGCACUAGCACAGCUUUUACAUUGCACAGCUUCCGUUCCCGCAGUGCACCGGCACGACCCCCGGAACCGAGAGCGGCAGUGCAGAACCAGUCCUCGAGCGCGGCAGUGCAGAACCAGUCCAGGACUGCAGCUGUACUAUCAAAAGCAAAUAUGUCUAGGGCUGGAAGAGUGAAAGGCUUGUCAUGCAGUGCUAGCACGGUUCUCAACUCAAAGCCACGCUUCUCUGUAAUGCAAGACGCAUGUUUUCUAUCUUGCCUGGCAAGUUUUUUGAACAACAAUUUGUCAUGCUUGGCUAUCACUGAAGCUCUCCGUGUGAUUCCGAUUCGGAUUCCCCACAUAGUAUGACAAGUUUCAAGUCGGCCCAGACACAUUUGCAAUGCAUGUGUCGCUGAUCAUGACGAUAACAACCUGAGCAAUAAGGACUUGAAACUGAAAGGUAAGGAGCAGGAGAAAAAAAAGAAUAAGAAUUCGAAAAAGGACGAGAACAACGGAAAGGGGAAGGACAAUCAAGCCAGACGAAGCGUCUCGACUCCAAAACCGACAGCGCUGCUGUCGAAGUCGUACUACACCCAGGCGGGUAGGUAUGGAGUGGAAAAAGUUCUUCGUAGCAGUCACUGACUAGCAGGCUUUUUAUGAGUGAACCUUUUAGCAUGGCAGAUUUUUCUUGGAUUGCACAAACACAAGAUACGUCCCGUAUAAAUGCAGUUGGACCAUGAUGCAUGUCUUUCUACGCAUGACAAACAUUUUUGUAUUGCAAAAAUGCGUACGAGUGGCCGUGACAAACUUUUUUCGUUCCAUAGUAAGAAGGUUGCGGAGCGCGAGCUCCUGCGCUCCUACACACGACUGCAAACGAAAAAGGACGAAACCCGACCGGGCGAGAUCAUCGUCUUUCGGCAAACGAAACCACAACAGGAAUCGGCGGACCAGAAGCGGUAUAGAGAGCACAACCUGGACCAACUGAAAAAACUCAUCGAGACGGGUAUCAAUCGCAAAUGUCUCUGGGUCGGGAAAAGUGCGACGACUGCCAUGCAUGUUUUCCAUGAGGCGCAUGACUAUGAUGCGUGCCGUCGUGGCACAGAUUUCUUGAUGUAUUUUUGAUGUUUCUCCCGCAUGAGAAAUCCCCUCUUCGUAGAGAAAACCUGACCCCCACGUGCUGCUCAUGCAACACAGAUUCUUUUUUUUAGAAUUUAGAUGCGGCAUCGCAAGUUUGCAUCCUGCCGGACCCAGAUAUAUUUAUUUCGGUGCAUACCGGCGACACAAGGAAAAUAUCCAGACUGCUAAACUUGCUCUUGUCCCGCAGCAUGUUACGGAAGCACUGUCGAUAUUAAGGGGAUGCUGUAUCUACCUUGCAUGUGUAAUCCAAGCCAACAGCUGUAAUAUUCUAGAUAGGGAUAAAUGGUAUUGAUAUCGCUAGGACGGAGGUGGCAGAGUUUUGGCACACUAAUUUCUUUUGUUUCGAAAAAGGAUUGCGUGGCAUACUAAUGUCUUGGUACUUGCUUCUACACAGGGUUUUCUGCUGCAUGCAGUGUACGAGGGCGGGACUUUUCCACGUUACAGGGGACGUCUGGAGGAUCUGAAGGCAUUGUGGAGGACUGGAGAAAGACAAGAAGAAGAAGAGGAGAAGUGGAAGAAGACCAAAAACCAGAUCCAACGGGUCUGGCCCUCCGCACGUCCCCCCCUAGUGCAGGAUAAAUGAUGACGAUGAUGCUUGCAAGAAACUCUCUCGCCCGGGUGAAAGUCCCAACGUGCGAAGAUUCGCUUUCUUUUUUUUCACAUCCGGGCAGAGUCGCCUUCUUUUUUUUCAACACUUGAUUUACGAAACAAGGAUAGUGUCAGCUUUUCACAGCUUCCACAAAGUGAUCCUACUACCGCCUCGCUACUGAAAUCAACAAACUACAACGGCAAGAUAAAAUGCGCUAUGCUGUAGACUGAAGGAGACAACUUUUCAAAAGGAAAAUAAAGCAAUCGCCUGACCGGUGGCUGCGUGAGCUUGUGAAU